AUGCUUCCUAGAUUUGUUUUAUGUCACUACCCUGGGGAAGAUUUUAUCAGCGUAUUAGGAGAUCAAGAGCCUUAUAUCAAAAUGGGUUUGAUGCCAGCCUUAAUAUUAGCCAUGCAGUUAGUAUUUACUGGGUAUAUCAAAAGAUUCAAAGUAGACACAAUAUUUGAAAAGCCGCUUACUGGUGUCUAUGAUUAUAUCAUUGUUGGCGGUGGCACAGCAGGGUCAGUUCUCGCAACGAGGUUGAGUGAGGAUCCAGUUACAGUAUUAGUAUUAGAGGCCGGAGGUUCAGACUUGGAAAAUAAAUAUGUUGAUAUACCACUGAUGUCGACACACCUUCAAUUCUCAGAGCAAGACUGGCAAUACUUCACUGUCAAACAAGAGAGUGCAGGAUAUGCUCUAGAUGGAAGGCGGAACUAUUGGCCGGCUGGUAAAGCCCUCGGAGGAACAAGCAUUCUACAUCACAUGACACAUGUCCGUGGAAGUCCGUCAGACUACGAUAGAUGGGAAGCAGAAGGUUGUACAGGUUGGAGUUAUAGGGAUGUUCUUCCUUACUUCAUGAAAUCGGAAGAUGUACAGAUACCUGAACUUAAAAAGGAAGUGUAUCGAUCUGUUGGUGGUCCAAUGACAGUUUCCAUCGAGCCUGGCAAUCCAGCGACUGAGAUUUUCAAAAACGCGGCAGGUGAACUUGGUUUCCAGACCCAUGACUGCAAUAGUCCUGACAUGAUAGGACACUGUCCAGUUCAAAAUGAUAUUAAAAAUUCAGAAAGAUGCAGUACUGCUAAAUGUUACCUCAGGCCAGUAUUGGGAAGAUCAAAUCUUCAAGUCAGUCUACAAAGUCAUGUUACAAAGGUCGUCAUUCAUGAAGGAAAAGCUGUUGGGGUUGAAUACAUGAAACAUAGUCGUCGGAUGUUGAUAAUGGCGCGAAAAGAAGUCAUUGUGUCAGCAGGGGUUGUAAGAUCUCCCCAAAUCUUGAUGCUGUCUGGUAUUGGACCCAAAGAACAUCUUGAAAAGUUUAAAAUACCGUUUCAUGCCGAUCUGCCUGUUGGAAAUAAUCUUCAGGAUCAUUUACUGUUUUUCAUGUCUUACAGAGUUAAUGCAAAUUGGACCAUAAAUACACACAAACUAUCAGAUCCGGGAGAGUUCCUUAAGUAUAUAAUAGACAAAAAAGGUGUGUAUACAGAAACAGGCAUCAACGCUGUUUUAUUUGCUAAUCUUGAGCAAGAGGAUGUUAUGAGUGGUUCCCCCGAUACAGAGAUAUAUUUCUCAAACAUUGCAACUGAUGCUGAAACUUUACAAAGUGGAUGGAAGCAAAAUUUAAAAGACAAGGUGCUUGAUCACAUGGUUUCGAAUGCUACAUCAGAAGGGAUUAGUAUCAUGCCAAGUUAUUUGCAUCCAAAAAGUAGAGGAACGGUACGUCUGAACAGCACAGAUCCAUUUGAGCAUCCAUUGAUAGAUCCAAAGUACCUUUCACAUCCAGAUGAUAUAGCUGGUUUUAUCAGAGGUGUCAGAUUAAUACAGACUCUUGUGCUAACUGAACCUAUGCAAAGUAUUGGCGCAGAGUUGAUAAGACGGGAUUAUCCUGGACUUUGCGAUGACAUACCAUUCGACAGUGAUUCAUAUUGGGCAUGUUAUGUUCGCUCAUUUGCUACAACGGCAUUUCACCCAGUAGGAACUUGCAGAAUGGGUGACAUAAACGAUGAGUCAUCGGUAGUGGAUUCAUUACUGAGGGUUAAGGGUAUACAAGGAUUACGAGUUGUUGAUGCAUCUGUGAUGAGAAAUUUGAUAUCUGGAGAGACCAAUACCCCAACAAUAAUGAUAGCCGAGAAAGCUGCAGAUCUUAUCAGGGGGAAAGAUACGGUGUUGGACAUACGAAACAAACUAAAUACAAAGUUUUUCACUCAACUUGAAGACAUUGAAACUUCCAAUAUAUCUGCAUGGUCAUCCCAACUAAUACAAAAGCUAUUGUCAACGAACUUAAUAUGAUAAGAUGUA